UCCGAAUGACAUAGCAAAUUAUUUUUUAAUAACUUAUGCGGAAGAGGAAGAAGAGGAAAUUUGACAAUAUCAAAAUAGAAGAAGGAGGCUUAGGAGGGCAUCAAACGUCGGUGGAGCAACUUUGCGAAUCAUCGUAGCUUCAUUUCUAAUAACUCCACUGUUGCGCAUCGAUCGGUAAGUGAUAAAAAUUUGUAUUAAUUACUAAGGUAACGAAUUUAUGAAAAAUAUAUUAAAUAUAUUGUAUCAACAUUAUUACAAUUACAUUUGAAAUAACUAUAAAAUUUCAUAGAUUUCUUAUCUUAAAAUAGAUAAGCUUUAAAAAAUUUUGAAAAGUAAUCUUGGGCUUAUAUUUGAUCAUCCAAAUUUGCAUUUUAUUUCCAAAUUUUGUGUACUAUUGUGCUUGAGAUUAUACUUGCGCAGGUACAUUAAAGAUUUCUUUAUUGACAGUGUCGAUAAGUGGAUGAAGUCACGUAGUUUUACAUUCACGUUUGGCGCUGAUGCUAGUUGUUGCUAGUCAAAUAUCGGUCGUACAAAAUAGGCCGCGUGGUCGCUUUCAGGUUUGUUUCUGAUAUUUGCCUAUUGUAAAGCAAUUAUGCCACAAUUAGUUUAUUAUGAUGAAGUAGAAAUUGAAGAUUUUGAAUACGACGAGGACGAAGAAGUUUACUGUUAUCCUUGCCCGUGUGGCGAUCAGUUUCAAAUAUCUCUCACUGAUCUAGCCGCUGGUGAAGUAGAGGUUACGUGUCCUUCCUGCUCUCUUGUGAUUAAAGUGAUUUACGAUAGAGAAUUUUUUCGUAUUAAGCAAGAAGAGCUCGAGAAGAAAAGUACCAAGAAGGAAUUAACAACUCAAAAAGCUUAAAGGAUACCUUGAGCUACACAUGGAUCAUAACUACCAAC